AUGGCAAUGUCUCUCAUCCAAGCGUGCCGCAGCCUGGCCCUCUCAACAUGGCUGCUUUCCUUUUGUUUCGUGCAUCUGCUGUGCCUGGACUUCACCGUGGCCGAGAAGGAGGAAUGGUACACUGCCUUCGUGAACAUCACCUACGCCGAGCCCGCGCCGGACCCUGGGGCCGGCGGCGCGGAGCUGCGCACCGAGAAGUCCGAGUGCGGGCGCUACGGGGAGCACUCGCCCAAGCAGGACGCCCGCGGGGAGGUGGUCAUGGCCAGCUCGGCCCACGACCGCCUGGCCUGUGACCCCAACACCAAGUUCGCCGCGCCGCCCCAGGGCAAGAGCUGGAUCGCCCUCGUACCCAAGGGCAACUGCACGUACAGGGAUAAAAUCCGGAACGCGUUCUUGCAGAACGCCUCUGCCGUGGUCAUCUUCAACGUGGGCUCCAACACCAACGAGACCAUCACCAUGCCCGAUACAGGUGUGGAAGGCAUUGUGGCCAUAAUGAUUCCUGAGCCCAAAGGGAAGGAGAUUGUAAGCCUGCUGGAGAGGAACAUCACCGUGACGAUGUACAUCACCAUCGGAACCCGGAACUUGCAGAAAUAUGUGAGCCGCACUUCGGUUGUGUUUGUCUCCAUCUCCUUCAUUGUCCUGAUGAUCAUUUCCCUCGCGUGGCUGGUCUUUUAUUAUAUCCAGAGGUUUCGGUAUGCAAAUGCCAGGGACAGGAACCAGCGCCGGCUGGGAGAUGCAGCGAAGAAAGCCAUCAGCAAGCUGCAGGUCAGGACCAUCAAGAAAGGCGACAAGGAAACAGAGCCCGAUUUUGACAACUGUGCAGUGUGCAUCGAAGGGUACAAGCCCAACGACGUGGUCAGGAUCCUGCCCUGCCGGCAUCUUUUCCACAAGUCCUGUGUUGACCCCUGGCUUCUAGACCAUCGCACCUGUCCCAUGUGCAAGAUGAACAUUCUUAAAGCCCUAGGGAUCCCGCCCAAUGCUGACUGCAUGGAUGACCUGCCCACGGACUUCGAGGGCUCCCUGGGAGGUCCCCCAACCAGCCAGAUCACAGGCGCAAGUGACACAACAGUAAACGAGAGCUCAGUCACUUUGGACCCUGCUGUCCGGACUGUGGGAGCCUUGCAGGUGGUCCAGGACACAGACCCCAUGCCCCAGGAGGGAGAAGUCAUCUUUACUACUAACAGUGAACAGGAACCUGCCGUGAGCAGUGAUUCUGACAUCUCCUUGAUUAUGGCCAUGGAAGUGGGGCUCUCAGAUGUGGAACUUUCCACUGACCAAGACUGCGAAGAGGUGAAAUCUUGAAAUGGUGAUGUGGAGGAGAGAGAGAGGAGCCAAGGGGACAGAGGGAGGAGUGCUCCAAGCCUUUCACAGGGCACGCGUGGGUCAGAUCACCGGGGAACUCCAGGCACUGUGGUCCAGAUGGUAAUGAAAAGCAAUAUCCAAAGUCUCAUUAAUCAGGAUGCAGUUCUCCCAUCUCUGCAGCAGUCUGCCGCCUUGGAAGCUGAACGCUGGUUUCCCUUCCAUGAUCUUACACACAUGUGUUUCACAAGCUUGUGGAACAGAGACUGAAAGAAAGCCUUUAGGGUUUCUUAAUUUUAUAAUUUUUCCAGGUCUUACUGUUCUUGUUUUGGGGAAACUGACUUCUUUGUUUGCAUUUCUUUUUAAAGACUGUAUAAUUUACAUCUACUCCUCUUUUUCCUCUGGGUCACUCCCACGCUUGGGUAGCGUUCUGUUUAGAGGCACUGGUUCCUAUGAUCAGUCUGUCUGACAUCCCUGAGAUUUGUGAUUUGGGCUUCUCGGCAUGAAGCGUGCAUGGCUUUGAGAAGUGCCUCUGCACCUCAAAACAGUGUAAGACCAGCUUUCAUUAAGAACCGAAAUGCUUUUAAAUUCAUCUUGAAAAAUUCCAAAUUCCAGAGCACCUAACUCUGCUAUCCUAAAUCUGCUGAAGCCAUGACUCAUUAUUUUAAGCUGCAUCACACUGGCUUUGAUUUGCCAGGCUCUGUGCAGGGCCCACCACUACAUGAGGAGGGAGCUCCGGGGAAGGACUUCAGCUCAGUUAGGUCUUGGGAUCUGUGGGGGGUUUGUGGCUGAAAUUCUGAACUCACAAGUCCCCGCCAAGGCAGGAACACCCAUCUCCAGGAGCAGAGUCUGGGACAGCAAGCCUUGGAGACUUUAGAAAAGAUGGAAUCGUGUUUGAGCCCAGUGGUAAAUACAGUGGAGGCUACAGCCGCACCUCGCUUUACCUUAGUUCCUACACCUUAAGUUAUACCUCUCCAGACCAUGAGGAAGGGUUCAGAUGAAUCCUUAGCAGGUUGCUUCUCAAGGCUUCCUGCUGAGUGUGUCCAGAAACGAAGAGAGGAAUGAGACAGUUGAUCAGUCACUUGAACGGAAAAAUACAGCAUGGGAAUUUGCUGAAUCGACUUUAUCCGACUGAGAGGGGAAAAUAGGGAAAAGAAGUAUCCAGUGAAUACUGAAAUCCACCUGUGUUUUUAAACUGUUUAUGUCUUUAUUCUUGUUUUGAUGAUGAUAGAAACGUGCUAUUUUUCCAGGAGGUGAUUUUUUAAUACAUUUAGACUCUCCAGAUGCGGGGUUGCCUCGGGCAGGGACCUUGGGCAGAGACCUGUGUCUGACAGUCAGGUGGCUCACCGUAGCAUCCCUAAGCGGUUGGCACAGACCAUGCCACCACUUGGAUUAACCAUGAAAGAAAGCUUUUCUCUCGCUGAGCUGUAUUUAUGUGUUUGAUGAGGGCUUUUCCGCCUCAUUACACUAAUACUCAAACGCGGAGUUUGGUUCCACUGUAAACCCUUGCCGCCUGCUGAAAUGUGGCAUGUGGGUCACGGGAGGACACUGGCUGCCCUUUUUUUGCCACCCAGAAUGAUUUCCUGGAAUGAAAUUCAGUCUCUAAGGAUGAGAAGGCAGGCAGGGAGGAGGGGACCGAAGCUACAAACUCAGGAGGCCUCAGUUUCUCCAUCUGUAAAGUGAAGGGUUUAGCAUGACAAUUCCCAGAGCUCCCUCAGACAUUAGGCUCACAGAUGACCGCUUUGUGAGCGGGAUCCACUUUUGCAGAUCGCAGCAGACAUCAUAGCUGGGGGAGGCAGAGCAAAGCCUUUGCGUGCGUCUUGGCACGCCUGCAUUGCUGACAAUGAAGGUAUCCAAGUGAUUCCAGCUUUAAGUCCAAGUAGGAGUUGGUUCGUUCUGCCUUGUUUCAAAGCUGCUGUUAAGAGUCUGCAGUCUCUGGAUACCUUCAAAGCCUAGUUCUCGGUGUGGAAUUCUCAGUCUCAAAAACGUUUAUUUUUCUCAGUCAGCUUUAGCCUUUACCGCCUACUUCUCCUUUAGUCAGCUCUGCCCCCAACCAGAUGUUGUUAUUAAGCCUAAUGGAAUUAGGAUAAUUCAACAGCAAAUGAAAAAUGAAUUGUGUUCCAUACUCAAAGAGAGAAAAUGUCCCUUGAAUUGUACUGCCUUCUGUUUGAGGAAAGGUUUUCUGUUAAUUUCCGCUCUAUGGGAUCUUAUAGAAGAGGCUUGUCUGAGGCCUGUGGAUCUGACCCCAUGGAGGUCCCACUGCAAACCCCCUGAGCCUAGGAGAUUUUUCCCUUACCAGAGGGUUUUGCUGUGGCCUUGGUAGUUAAAAAAAAAUUUAAUAGGAAAGUUUCCCUUUCAAAAGAAAUGGAAAAAGCCCUUCUCUGUAGCCUUCCUGGCCACCUCCCCCCAAGAGGAGAUUCUGUGUGACCUGGGGACCCAUUGGUGCACACGUGAGUGUCCAAGGAUGUGUAAUCCAGGGUUGCACACUGUGUGUCCUUGCACAACAUAUAUUGCAAGGGUCUAAGCCAACACUGUCCAGUAGAAAUACAAGGCAAGUCAUAUAUGUCAUUUUAAAUCUUCUAGCCACAUUUUAAGAUGUGAAAAGAAACAGGUAACAAUUUUAAUAAUAUAUUUUAUUUAAACUGAAUACUCAUUUCAGCAUGUAGUUGAUGUAAAAGUGCUAAUGAGAUGCAUUCCAUUCUUUCUUUGUACAAGACUUUCGCACCCCCAGCACAUCUCCUUUUGGAUAUGUGAGCACUAGGUAGACACAAGUCCAGUUGUUACCCAUUAGGCAGCACAGGUCUAGAGCUCCGCCAGUCUUCUCCCAAGAACCCCUAGACCUUACAGAAGAAAAAGGCUGAGACUCUAAUGACCACCAGAGAGAACCAGACACCACCCAAGUCCCCUAGUGAGAGGGCCAGAGAUCCAAUUCUUUCGUAAUGAAUAAAGACUCGAGCAGCCCUUUUUCAAAUUUCUACUUGAACCUUCUAAACCACUGCUGUCCACUCUCAUUGAUUUCUCUGACUUGCUGUCUUUUCAAAAGUCACACAAACCAUGCUGAUCUGGUGCUGAAACAAAAUUCUGCUGACUUCUGUGACAAGCCCUUAGACUGACCUGUGGCACUGCAGGAGCCAGAGAGAGUUCUAGACCAAAGUCAUCCGACUUUACCUCAAGCCCUGGUUCUUAAGGCUGGCAGGCCCCUAACCCCAUAACUCCAGCUAGAACUCAAGAAUUUGGGAAGAAAGACUAAGAAAUAUUGAUGCCAAAUACAAGAUUCUUGUGUGGUCUUAAUAGCCUUUGGGGCUUGUUGAGUGUCAGCCUCCAGCUGGUGAAUUACAACCACCUCCAACAGCCAGCAUUCUGCUCCCCAUCAGCAUUGCCUGUCACCCCAUGCUGUGGGGAAGAAAAAUCAUUUGCAUUCACUCAGAACACUUUAGGGUCACCUUUAGGAAUUGCUGCCUCCUGUGUGGCUAGUCCAUUGGAAGAGCUGAGCGCUGAUUACUGAUAAGUACAGUAUUUGAGUAUUGAUUAUUCUCCAGGAUUUGGGCACCCCUACAAGGUCAACUGUGCUCAUCCAGACAAGGGUGAAGGUAGAGGGUCUAGAGAAGCUAGAACUGUCAAAGUAGCAAAGGCAUCUAUUUCAACAUCUUACGCUCAUUCAUGCUUAUGACUACAGAAGAAGGUCUUUGUCCUUUUUUUUUUAAUUUUCAUUUUUUAGUUUGCUAUUUUCUUUUGUUAGCAUUUCUUCAUGUGGUGAAGCAUCUGUAAAUAGUCUCAGGUCUGGGCGUUGUCAUAGCAGCAGUCAAAUGCCCCCUGGCAUUUGCUUCAGUUGCUUGCCUGACAUCCCUAUGGGGACCACACCUUCAAAUCCCAAUGAUGACAGAUAAUCCAACACAGUUCUUUGUGAGUUUUAACUUGGGGAGAAAAUUCUUAGAGCAUGAGAAUUUAGUACUAUUUCAUUGUCCACUGAAUAUAUCUCUGUGACCAAACAGAAAGAAAUCUCACUGAAUUAAAACUCUUUCAGAAAGGCUGGGAUGCAGGCCAGGUGUGGUGGCAUAUGCCUUUUAUCUCAGCACUCAGGCAGCUGAGACAGGAGGACUGACAUGAGUUCAAGGCCAGCCUGGGCUACAUAGUGAGUUCAAGGUCAACCUAAACCAUAUAGUGAGAUCUUGUCUCAAAAAAAGAAAAGAAAAGAAAAAUAUCUGGGAUAUGGAGUCACUCACUUCCUGUAUGGAUCAAGGGCCCAGUCCUCUGGCACUAGGACUGCUGAGGCAAUUUCCAAUAGUAUUUUUAUAUUCUUUUACUUGGAUCCCUUUCCCAAUUUCUGUCCCUUUGUCUUUGACUAUCUCUCUCUAUACACACACACACACACACACACUUUUCCCAUCUUCCUUUCCUCGUUUUGUUUUUUUUUUUCCUUUGCUUGCAAGAACCUCUCCAAUAACCUUCAGCACAACAAAAGUGGUGGUUCUGUAACUAUAGUUAUCCUUAUCAUGCUUACUACUGUUACUGAUAUUGUUCUUUUUAUUAUGUGAUAAUAUCUAUACUUUUACUUUUGAUGCAUAAAGGCAAAUUAAGUUCUUUCCUAAGCCAGUCACCUUCAUUUUUACUUCUUUUCUUCUAGGUAUUGAGAAUUAAACUAAGGGCCUUCACACUGAGUCAUAUCUCUCUUUUGAGGCGGGGCAAUAUCUAGCUAAAUCAUUAAAUUGCCCAGAUUAGGCUCAAACUAGCAAUUCUGCCUCAGCCUUCCAGAGUGCUAGGAUUACAAGCGUGCACCACCACACCUAGUUUCAUUUUUGCUUCCUUUUUCACUGGUUUUAAGCCACCCUAUAGCUAUUGCCUUUUUUUUUUUUUAGGCUUCAUUGCCAGAAGUUUCCUAAGCAAAAAAUGGCAAGGUCACAAUCCCAAAAUGCUGUCUGGAUCUUAUCUUCCACUGCCAGCACUUGUGCCCACCCAGGUUCUCCAAGUGUCCCCAGGGUCAGGAUUUGUACAUCCUGUGUCUGGUGGCACUCAUCCUGCUGAACAUCUCAGCCAGCACAAAGCUUGCUCCUCGUAACAGAGCUGGGAGCCACUUAAAACCAACAAAGAGGGGCCAAGGGACUGUCUUGUAAAUGUGGGAGCUGAGGUUCCUUGUGCAGUGCCUUCGUGCUAUGGGGGACUGAGGAGACCAGUUGGUGAUGCUGUAUCAAAGGGGAAGGGGCCGAAGCCCUGCAGGAAGUCGGGACAGAGGCUGCAGGACUCCCAGUCAGGGAGCUGGGUGAAGCAGGGCUCAAACUCUCCAUGCUAAACACAUAGAUAGGCUCCCUGAAGAAGUGCCCAUUCCCCAGGUUUAGAACUGAUAGGCAUUGGGGGGCAGGUUGUUUAAGGAAUUAAAUGUUAUAACACUAAUGACUGCAAAAGAGAUCUGAGUAGCCUGCAGAGGUAACUUCAUUCUGAGAAGCAGGUAUGAAUUUCUCAUUAUCAUGUAGCUCUUACCCUGCUUUGCUCCAUACCUCCCAACCCCAGGCUUUUUGUAUUAGAACAGCAGCAUUUAAAGACUCAUAGAUUAAUAGGAACAUUCUUCUGUUUGGAGCCUUUUGAUGGCACUAAUUAUCCUAGAACUAAUGAAAUGAACCCAGACACUAGAUACGUCCUUAGUUACUGAGCCCUUUAAAUGUAGAGCCUUCUUGUUCUACAAAAGCCUAUUUAAGGUCAGUCAGGAUUCUUUCCCUGUCUCAUGUGCUUCGUAAUCCAGUAGCUUUUUAAGGAGCCUCAGUGAUCAAAGAUCUUCUAAUCCUGUGCUACUAUUGGUGUUUGCACUUACUACAGAGCCAUUUGCUUUAUAGCCACCUGCUACAUAUUUAUUGAUGACAACGUUAAGACAAGAAUAUAUGUCUCUUAAGAGGCCUGUGGGUCUGAAUAGAGGGAGAGAAACUUCAUGCAGAAGAGAGCUCAACUUGAGUUACACCAAGUCAUUACUCAGUGACUAUAUGGCCCUGGGGAAGCAGGGGAUAUGUAAGGACCAUGUGUGCUGUAUAAACCAAAGAUUGAUCACCAUCCAAAUGGACACAUGUUUCUUCCAUUGCCCAGCUGAAUUUUCUCCUGAUGUUCUCACAAAAACGUGAACAUGGGUCUCAUGGUUGAAUGAAACCAUAGGGGGUUUUCUUUUGAAGGCUGUUGAUUGACCUUACUAAAUCCAGAAAUCCCAAAUAAACGAACUGUGGCCUUUGUACCACACUAUCUUUAAAGUCUAGUAGUUAGUCCCCUUUACCUUCAAAACUUUCAGACAAGUCCAGUGCUUUGUUGAACUCAGAAUUUUGUUCUCUUUGAGAAUGUGAAGAUUUUAAAUAGCCAAAGAAUUUUCAUGUAUAAGAGCUAGCUCAUUAUACUGCAUCCUGCUUUUUGAAGAAAAUACCAAACUGUUGCCUGUACUGAUAGCAGAGCAGUUAAACAAUGACCACUAACACGUGGACUUAGCAGUCUGAAUUUGCGUUGGCCUCUGUGGUGGUUUGGUAGAAAGUUAUUGCAUGGUGAACAGCACCCUCUGCUGGAAUAAUAACAUUCUUCCUUCAGCAAAUCAAUUUUUGACUUGAGUCAUCACUUCUUCAACUCAUUAUUUGCCUUUUAUCCUACCAUUUCCUGAAUAGUUGAGAAUUUGGUCUACAGUUAUCCAAAGAGGGAAGAAUGUCACAAACUCUGAAAAGAUGAAGGAGACCUCACAAAAGUGCUUCAGCCCUUUCUUCUUGCAAAAUGUUGACAUGCACAGUUUGCAAAGAUUUCUCGGGCUGAAAUAUAUGUUCUGAGUUGUAAGCGGAGGUCAGCUUCAUGUGUAACUUCUCUCAACUUUCUUCUUGUGAAAUCGUAAAGGAAGAUCAAUAAAAGGACUUCUUUCAUAUGAAUGUAAAUGGCGUGCAAUGCUGAUGUGUUUUAUACAUGUACAUAAUAAAUAUAUUUACUUCUGCUUUCACAUUAGUAAUCUGAAAUAGUUGUACCAUUUUAUAAUUAGAAAGAGACAGCGGUGGGAGGGGUUGGAAGGGGCUGUUAUUUUUAUAGUGGAAUGUCCCUUAUAUUUAGAAAAUUUGAAGUAAUUUUGUAUUUGUGAAAAGUUACAUUCCAUCCAUUUCCUUAAAAAAAAAAAAAAAAAAAAAAAGGUAUUGUUCUUUAAAAUGUUCAUGAGCUUGGAGGAAAAAUUAUUCUAGUUGCCAGGGGAGUCUCCCAACCAGUACAUAGGUGACACCAGUUUUAUAGACUGCAGGCCACAACCAGAAAUUCCCAGUUUUUAAAAAUGUGAAAAAUAAACCCCACUUAUAUGAGCCCCUUUUUUUACACCACAGCAUUAUUUCCCACUGGGAAAAAACAAAGGUCUGCUCAGAAUGAAUUUACAGUUAUAAAAUUAGCAGUGAUGACAUUGCAAAUCAACCUCCAGACCUCCCUGGUAAUCAGAGGAAAAUCCAGUGGCUUCAUUUUGUUUUCCUAACAUGAAUUACAUGCUGUUAUUAUGAAAUGAAUGAUGUCACAGGUGGUAUUUUACUUAGCUUCCCCCACAGACUUUCUGGCCAGCCUGCAGGUCAUAAAUAUGAUGGCCCCAUCUCAGCCUUGCCGGUCACGUCACAGCACUUGGCUCCAAUUCAUUUGCCAUCUGAACCCCCAAGUCACAAAAAAGUUGCUUCCAAUGAUAUUUGCAUGGGGAGUUUAGAAUUUGGACUUUGGAUAGCUCUUGAUCGUCGCAAUACUGUAGUAGUGAUUACCCAGCCAUUCUACUCACACAUCAUUUUCUGUACAAAGUCACGUGCACAUUUAAAGAAUUAGUUAAGGCAGUACAGUUGUCUGGGGUUUUUUUCCUGUGUAAGUCUUUUUCCUUCUCCAUCUCAGGCACCAACCCUAGUCCUUUCAAAGCACUUUAUAGCUCUUAAAAUACAAAGAAAUUUGAAAACACAACCUGUCUUUAAAAGAAAUUGUCUUCUAUUAGGAGACACAGACAUUUUACUUCAUUCUGUUUUCUAUGUGCCUGGAGAGCAUAAACUGUUUUUGUUUCAUGCUGGGCUAGCCAUGAAAUGUUAAGGAUGAUAGUUGGAAACGUUCGAUCAUACAACGUGACUAUUUUUGUUACAUAGAAGACUAUCAUGUAAAUAGUGCAAUUGUGUUCUUAUGUACUGGUUUAAAAAAUAUAUUGCAACUAUAAAGAUUUUAACAGAAGGAUUGUGAAUUCCAGGAAAUUUCAUUGCAAAAUUUUGUUUGGUUUUGUUUUGUAAUAAAAAGGAGCCAAAUGCU